GAGUAACCCACUUGGCAUUGCGUUGUUAAUUGCUAUGCGUCAUCCCGUGCGACGUGGCCUAGCAGAAAGCUACCAAACGCAAGGUUCGAGUUAACGCUAAGGCUGCGAUGGAUAGUGACGAGUUCGAUCCAGAGCCGCUCUCACAGCCAUCUGGGGCAGUUCCUCCUCGAAGAAAAUCGACCACGCUGUCGCGAGUGUUCAGUGGACUAUCCAUCACCAGACGCUCAAGCGAAAGCUCUGAGGAUAAACGAGGGAAGUUCGGGCUGACCCUCAUCUGCGAUCGUGCCGACCCUAUCGUCGACAUCGUCUUCGUCCAUGGUCUCGGUGGAGGUUCACGAAAGACAUGGUGCAAAGGAGAUGACCCUGGACUAUACUGGCCCAAAGAGUGGCUGCAACGAGAUCCAGAGUUCAAGAAUGUAAGGACAUAUGGCUUUGGCUAUGAUUCGGAUUGGGACACGAGGAGGGGCUCACAACUCGACGUCCAUGAUUUCGGCAAGGCGUUGCUCUCCGCACUGCUAAGAGACCCUUACAUAAGGAGAAGUCAGAAUCUUCCUAUUAUUCUCGUCGCACAUAGCAUGGGUGGUCUUGUUAUUAAAAAGGCAUAUCUCCUGUCCCGCAACGAUCCUACGUUCCUAGAAUUGGGGAAACGGUUCUAUAGCAUGUACUUCCUAGCGACUCCUCAUCACGGUGCUGCAUCUGCUGAGCUUCUCUCAUUUGUUCUUCGUGCAUCCUUUUCUGGAAGCCUUCCAUUCUUGGCAGACUUGCAUCAAGACUCUCCCUCCAUUCAGCAGAUCAACGAUGAGUUCCGUCACUGCGCCCUUCAACUGAGUGGAGGCAUAUAUUCCUUCUACGAGACACAACCUACGUCCCUGUUUGGCAUCGGCGAGAGAAUUAUUGUGAAGAAGUCGUCGGCCAUGACCGGUCUUCCUAACGAACAGUCAGCGCCAUUAAAUGCCAACCACCGGGGAGUGUGCAAAUUCAGUUCUCCUUCCGAUGAUAACUUUUUGGCCAUCAGGAAUUCUUUUUUGAUAAAUGUAGAUAAAAUAAAGGAAGCUUGGGAUUUGAAACAUCGCGAACAGCUUCGGAACCAGAAGCGCCAAUUGAAACGGUUUCUCUGCAUAUCCGAGCAACUGGAGGAUGGACUUAUUGAUACGGACGAGCCUCGAGCAGAUGGUUCCUGUGAGUGGCUCGUCACAAAUCCCAAGUUCCGACAGUGGCGAGACUCAUCAUCAACUAAUCCGCUCUUUUGGCUAAGUGGCAGGCCGGCUACGGGAAAGACUUUCUUGACAAACCACGUCAGAGAACAUCUCAACGAAUUGGGAGCUGAUUGCAGCACCUAUUUCUUUCGAGAAGGGGACAAGACCUUGUCAGCAUUGAGUAGCUGUCUUUUAUCUCUUGCGUACCAGAUGGCUUGCUCCAACGUGGCAAUUCGGCAAGCAUUCCUCGAGAUGCAGGAGGACGACGUUCGGAUCGACAGAGACAACUACCAGUCGAUAUGGCGUAAGCUGUUCCAGGGGGGAAUCUUUCGGACAACGCUCUACAAAUCUCACUACUGGGUAAUCGAUGCUCUGGAUGAAUGCAAAUCCCCAGUCAACUUCUUCCAGCUUAUCCUCAAAACUGAGCACACCUUCCCAUUGCGUAUAUUUGUGUCAUCAAGGCCGAGCAAUGAAUUACACAGUCAACUACAUGGGAUGGAACCUCCAGCUCAGAUUCAUUUGAUAUUGCCAACGGAUACUCUCCAGGACAUCAGGUGGUAUGUCCAAAAUCAUACCGACUUUCCCUCGAUGCAGAACCAUAAGACCCACCAACAACUUGUAGAUACCCUCGUUGAGAAAUCAGAAGGUGUAUUCCUGUGGGUGAAGCUUGUGCUGAAAGAAUUGAGACAAGUCUACAGUGAAACUACUCUGAAACGAAUCCUAGAGGAUAUUCCUAAGGGAAUGGACAAACUAUACUCAAGGUCUUUGGAACCGUUGACAAAAGAUUCGUACGGUACACCUCUUGCCAAGGCAAUUCUAACAUGGACGGCCUGCGCGGUGCGGCCUUUAUCAACCACGGAACUGAAAUUUGCCCUGCAGCUCCAUAUACAGGACAACGUGUACAAUUUGGAGAAUCAAAUCGCUACCCUGUGUGGACACUUAGUAUAUGUCGAUCCGCAAUACCGUGUCCUUAUGGUCCACCAAACAGCGCGUAGCUUCCUUUUAACUUCGCGAACGAAUUCUGAAUUUGCGUUCCUGGAGCAAGAAGGCCACCGUCACCUUGCCCUCACUUGCUUGAAACAACUGGUUCACGAUGAUCUGAAGGCUCCACAAUCUCGAAGGCCAAGUGCCAAUCUUAGUACCACUUCUCGAUCGCCCUUUCUUGAUUAUGCCGCCAAAUCUUGGUACGAACAUGUCAACAAAGCAUCCUCCGCUGACACUGAGCUGUUGAAUUUGAUUUACAAAUUCCUCAGCUGUCGUCAUGGGAAUGUUUUGACCUGGAUCGAACAUAUUGCAUCGGCUGGAGACCUACAUCAUCUGAUACAGACCGGAAUGGUUCUCAGGACCUACCUGAAACGAAGAGCGAUUUACUUUCCGAUAAUAAAGAAGGAAGUAGAGACUAUCGACUCUUGGAGCACGGACUUCAUCCGCAUAGCUUCGAAGUUUGGACGCAAUUUACUGCGGUCGCCCCCCUCAAUCUAUCACAUCAUACCUCCUCUCUGUCCUCGUGAAGCAGCUCCCUACCAGCAAUUCGGUCGGUCAACUAGGGGUAUUUCCGUUCUGGGGUUGUCUACAACAUCUUGGGAUGAUUGCCUUGCUACCAUAGCCUACCACAAAAGCACGGCUACAGCUGUCGCUUGUGGCACAGCCCACUUUGCCAUAGGAGCUUCAGACAAAAUGGUCCGUCUAUAUACCACCUCCACUUGCCAGGAGUACGGCAAGAUGGCACAUGGUGAAGCGAUCAGGAUGCUAGAGUUUAAUAAUUCUGGACAGAUGCUCGCCUCUGCGGGCAGACAGUUGAUUCGUGUCUGGGAUGUCGCUGACAAGAAACUGAUCGCGGAAUUCAAAUCCCCCAGACCGGGUAUAGCAAUGACUUUCACACCGGAUAACAAGUCUUUAAUGGCUGCUUGCCACGACAAUCAAAUGCAUACCUUCGAUAUUGCCCGCAGUGAAAACUCCGAGUCUGAACCCUGGUACAUUGACGUCGAUUCGGAGCCCAUCUACAGAGUUCCAGACACAGCAGCAUUCUCGCUAGAGCAUAAAUUACUCGCAGUCGUCUACCGAGGCAGUCACAUCCAUAUUUGGAGUUGGGAAGAUGGCUACCUCGGGUGUUGCAAGAAACCUCAAGCCGAUCAAGAACUCCUUCCAUUCCAUGCAAGCUCGCUUUGCUUCAACCCCGCGCCGGAAGCAAACUCACUGGCAGCAGCAUACGAGGGUGGUACCAUUCUUAUCUUCGAUCCUGUUCAAGAGGAUGGUAAUAUCAAGGCAUCACACAAGGCGGAUACGGAUACACAGACUCUGGCUUGCUCUCCUUGUGGUAGGACACUCAUAAGCGGCAAUUCUCGUGGUACAAUCCGAAUCUUCGACUUCGAGGCUUUCGACCACCUGAGGCUGAAAUUACUAUAUGUCAUUCAUGACCGUGACAAUAACAUCCGUAGCUUGGCCUUUUGUGCAGACAGCCUACGUUUUGUAGACAUGGGAGGCCAGCAGACGAACAUUUGGGAGCCAACGGUCCUUGUCAGACACGACGUCAGUGAAGAGAUGAGUGAAACUGCAUCCAUCGAGGUACAAGAAAUGUGUAUCCCGCAAGCUGCGGAGAUCGACGUCAUCACAACCAUGUGCGUUGAGUCUUCAGCGAGGCACAUUUUCUGCGGCACCGAGGGCGGAUCCGUAAAGGUUUUCAGUUUGACCACAGGAAAACAAUUAAGAACCCUUUAUAUCCACUCUAAUGGUGUUGGCAUUACACAGCUCUCCUUCAGCGGCAAUAAAGCCAUUCUUGCGAGUGCUGACUCCGCCAGUCGAGUGCUCAUCUGGCAGCUGGCCCCUACCUCAGACAGCUGGAAAGCUAACUCUCUCCUACUAGAGCAACGCAUGGAAGACCCGGUCGAGAAUAUCCUCUUCAACCCUUAUGAAACCCACCUACUCAUUGUCACAACCCUCAUUGACAAGCUCUUCGCCCUCUCAGACCCUGCCAGCGAGCCUAUCUCCCUCACUUGGACAACCCGCAACGCCGGUAUCUGGGCUCAGCACCCAACGAAUCGGUCCCAGCUACUCUUGAUCGUCCGCUCCACCCUUCGUAUCUACACUUGGAACUCGCUAGGACUGCUCACCGCGUCAACUGGCAUUCCCCUCCACGUCGAGGACUACCUGCCUUCCGACUUCGAAAUCCGUGCCUUCCAUGUCGGCUGGGCUGGCCGCAUUCUUGCGACCGAGUACUCAGCCCUCAGCCAAAGCCGCUCACAUAUUCGUCUUCUAUUAUGGAGUGCCGGGUUAUUGGUGCCGGAAACGGAGCGCCUGGGGUCAGUGAUGGGUAAGACUGGGGAGGGGUUAGCCGGGUUGGUGGGAACAUUGGGAAUGAUAAUUUGCAUGACUGAUAGCCUUAUCCUGUUCCUCGAUGAUGAUGGGUGGGUGUGUUCCCUUGAUGUAGGGGAGGUGGGGAGCAGAUUGACUUCUUAUAAAAGGCACUUUUUCUUACCUUACGAUUGGCUGAGUACAAAUGAUGAGCUGUUAUGUAAGUGCUCUGAGAAGGGGGACAUUAUCUUUGCCAAGGAUGAUGAGUUAGCAGUUAUUAGGAAGGGAUUAGAGUGUGGAGAGAUAAUUGAGUUUAAUAAUUAAUAAUAAUAAAUAAUAAUAAUAAAAGUUAAAAAAUAA